AAAAGUUCGUAAUUUAGCGAAACGAUGGAAUCCAUAUUCCACAUACAAUUCAUUGUUGGUCUCUCUAUUUUCAACUUAGAUCUAAUUGAUUGCCACAAAACAUUGAAGCUAAGCAUGUGUCCAGCAGAAGAUUAUGACGUCGGAAACGGGAAGUUGAUGUUGAAAGGCGUGGUCUCCUAUAAGCUCAAGUGUCACCCGGGUCACGCAGCCCCAUGGGGCUAUCAGAGCCCGACUUUCAGCUUUUCCUGUAAAGUCGGCAUGCACGGCAUGACAGUGCCACGUGGCUGCAUAAAGUUUACAUUCGCUCAGCGUAGAGUAUCUUACAACAUAAAUCUCAUGGGUGUCACCAAUAACGCAAAUGCCACGAAACUAUGUUCCAGUGAUUUGAUUAGCAUUGAAUCCACGUAUAACGAGACGGUCCAAACCGGGUCUACUUCCACGCUGACCAGAGGAUACUUCUCCGACUGCCAUGUUCUAAACAACUCCGUACAAGUGGAGAUGAUGCUGAUCGACUUACCGGCUCACGGCGGCGUUACUGAAAAUGUUUCCCAGUCCGAAUGGCAGCUGGUAUUACGUUCCUAUGCCAAACUGAAACCACUGUUCUCUGAAUAUGUGACGCUUCAACCAGUGGACGUCUCCAAGGGUCCUCUGCCCGAGAUCACUUCCGCUACGGUGCACAGUUAUUACUGUAAGGAAAACUUUGGAUACCGACAAGAUGGACAUCUCCAUAUCUGCGUGGGCUGCGGUAGAGGGUGGUGGAUGAACACACAGACUCAAACCUGCCACCCCUGUGGACCUGGCUACUACAACGACGAAGAGAGCGCCACCGAUUGCAAGGUAUGCGAGGUGCGUUUCCUCUACGCUCCUUGGGCGUCUAUCAGUCUGGACGACUGCUUCCCGAGGGAGUCAAAACCUUUCGACAGAAGCAAACACAAGGCUCUAGUCUUCCCAUUUGUCUUCAUACUGAUUCUUAUUAUCAUCUUGGUCUUAGGAAGCAAAUUCUUGGUUGGCAGAAGGUCGGAGUAUCGAACCUCUACUUGAUAUAGAUCUUCGAUUCUGUGGUCAAUACUUGCACGUGAAACAUGACCCAAAACCGUUUGCAGGAAAAGAAUACUUCUAUGCUAUUAAAAUACUCAGUCUAAUUAACA